UCAUAUGUCUGCACAUGGGAAAAGUUAUAUGUUUGGGGAUAAAAGUGUGUACGUGUGCCUGUAUAUGUGUGUGAAACUGCAUAUAUGUCUUUAUCUGCCUGCCCAGAAGUCUAUAUAUGUGUGUAUAUGCAGAUAUAUAGUCACAUAUAUGUCUGUAGAUAUAUGUAACUAUGUAACAGAUAAUGUUUUUACUAUCCGAUUGAGGUUUACUUCUGCAGCCUAUUGUUUCAGACAACAGAUAUAAGUUGCGAUGGAAGAGGAACGUCGGAUUUGGUGUCUGUCCCCCAUUUCCAAUUAUAGAUGGAUCAUUACAGACAGAGAAGUACUGAGAAUCCAGACAUCUGCUCUUCACAUGAAUGCACUCACCUCCUAGAGAACAGCCUGCCAUCAUGCUCUGGAAACUGGUUGAAAAUGUCAAGUACGAAGAUAUCUAUGAGGACCGGCAUGAUGGAGUGCCCAGCCACAGUUCCAGGCUGUCCCAGCUGGGAUCCGUCUCCCAGGGACCCUACUCCAGCGCUCCUCCGCUCUCUCACACCCCGUCCUCGGAUUUCCAGCCGCCUUAUUUCCCACCCCCCUACCAGCCUCUUCCUUACCACCAAAGCCAGGACCCUUACUCCCAUGUCAAUGACCCCUACUCCCUAAACCCCUUGCAUCAACCCCAGCAGCACCCCUGGGGACAGAGGCAGAGGCAAGAGGUGGGAUCAGACACCGGGUCACUGCUGCCACAGCCUCGGGCCGCCCUGCCCCAGCUCUCGGGACUGGACCCCAGGCGGGACUACCACUCGGUACGGCGGCCAGAUGUCCUGCUGCAUUCAGCUCACCAUGGCCUUGACUCCGGCAUGGGGGACAGCCUUUCCCUGCACGGCAUCGGGCACCCGGGGAUGGAGGAGGUCCAGUCAGUUGAAGAUGCCAAUAACAGCGGUAUGAACUUAUUGGACCAGUCUGUCAUUAAAAAAGUUCCUGUCCCUCCAAAAUCCGUUACUUCUUUGAUGAUGAAUAAAGAUGGCUUCCUGGGUGGAAUUUCGGUCAACACCGGAGAGGUGUUCUGCUCUGUCCCCGGCCGCUUGUCUUUGCUUAGUUCAACUUCCAAGUACAAAGUAACAGUGGGAGAAGUUCAAAGGCGCCUUUCUCCCCCAGAGUGUCUGAACGCAUCCCUGCUAGGAGGAGUACUGAGAAGAGCCAAAUCGAAAAACGGGGGGAGAUCUUUGCGAGAAAGGCUAGAAAAAAUCGGUUUGAAUUUACCAGCCGGCAGGCGUAAGGCUGCAAAUGUCACUUUACUCACCUCCCUGGUGGAAGGUGAGGCCGUUCAUUUAGCCCGGGAUUUUGGGUACAUCUGCGAAACGGAGUUCCCAGCCAAGGCUGUUUCUGAAUACCUGAACAGACAGCACACAGACCCCAGCGACCUCCACUCCAGGAAAAACAUGCUGCUUGCUACAAAGCAACUUUGUAAAGAAUUUACAGAUCUCUUGGCCCAGGACAGGACACCCAUUGGAAACAGCCGGCCCACCCCUAUUUUGGAACCAGGCAUUCAGAGCUGCUUGACUCAUUUCAGCCUCAUCACCCAUGGCUUCGGGGCUCCCGCUAUCUGCGCCGCCCUCACAGCCCUCCAAAACUACCUGACUGAAGCUCUCAAAGGCAUGGACAAGAUGUUCUUGAACAACAACACUGCUAACAGGCACACAUCUGGCGAAGGACCAGCUUUGCCCGCUUGGCUUAUGAGCUUCUUCAAAGAGGACUAGAGAUCCCUACACAGUAUAUCAGGUGAAGGUUUGGUCUCCUGGAGCAGGACCUAAAGGCUGGGAAUGUCAAAGGGAGAGUUUCAGUCGACUCCUGGCAACUUUGGAUCUGCCCUUUGUGCCUCCUACCUGGAAGAGACAGACUGCAAGAGGCCAGGCUGUGCUUUGCUCAAGCCAACAUAAAAUCCCUACUGCUUUCAGAGGGACUGCCCUGUUCUUUUAUUCUUUUUUUUUUUCUUGUGCUUCCUAAAGUCCAGAGGAAAAACAAAGAAACAAACCAUGAUGUUUCUGAUUCAAAAGCAAGCAGGGAGAAAUUAGAUGUAGGAGAAUACCCACCCAUCUCUGUUGAGAGGACACAUCCAGCUCCUCCCCAGAGGACACAUCCAUGCUUGAUGGCUGUGGGUGCUGCAGAUGGAGAUCUCCCCAGAGCUGAUUUCAGAUUCCCACUGUAAACCCUUUCCCUGUUGCCCUGCUCUUUCCCAGCCAGACCACUCGUACUGGCUGGGCAUCUCGGACGUUUAUCUGAUAAUUGAGUUAUUAUAAGAUUCCUUUUUUCUCGGGAUGGUAAAUCAAUAAACAGGAGGAUUAACUCAGCAGCUUUGCUUUGUAACUCGAGGGAAAAGUUUGAGGAGAGACUGUGAAAAGUUUGUUUUCAAACCAAACAGGUGGGUCACUGUAAGUUUAAUUUCGUUCUUAGCCUUGCUUUUCCUUUUCUUCUUUAAUUACAACUCUGUUUGCUGUUAGAAAGAGCUCAGUUUUCGUCCUCUCCUCGACUUUUUUUUUUCUUCUUUUUUUCCUUUUCCUUUUCCUGGUUGCUAUUCACACAAGGUGUGAAGGAAACAAGAAGCCAAUGUUACAGGAAACCUUUCACGACAUGGCGGUUUCUCUAAAAUCAAGUGGUUGCAUCUUGUCCCACCCAAUGGAAGUUCUCUGUGAGAAGCCGCUCCGAGUCCCUUUGCAUCCCGAUCCCAGUCUCUCCCCAUAACCCCGAGUUUCUAUGUGGGCUGGGUGGUGGGGGCGAGAAGGAUGAGGUUAAGACAUUUUGCUGCCCCCCAGGACCCACUCAAUCCCCCUUCUCACGUCUUUCUCGUUGGUGUAAUGCAGAUCCAUUCAGUUUGGGUUGAAUAAAGAGAUUUCAGUGCUGGGUUCAGCAGCCCUAAGCAUUGCCAGAUGGAUCCGGGCAAAAGCCCCUUCCCCUUUGGCUUCCCUGCGUGAAAGACCGUAGGCUUUUUACAAAUAGUCUAUUUUCUUAUACAAAGAUGAAAAGUAAUAAAUAAAUAAGAGAAAAUAUCCCCGAGCGCACUGGCAAAUGCUGGAACAUUUUGAGAGUGACGAAAUGUUGUGUGCCAGCAAGAAAAAAAGGAAAGGAAAACCAAACCAAUGCAAAGCAGUGGAGGAAAUAGAAAGAAGAAAGAGGGUAGAAAUACACUCUCCUUUCUGUGCCCCAAAUGAUCCCUCUCACCUCCUCUUCUUGAAAAAAAAUCUGACCACGAAGUGAGAAAUAUGGGUUUAUCGACUCUUCCUGAGAAGAAAUGCAGAGAGGCAUUCGGUGUUGAGUUUGUAUAUAUUUAUUUAUGCUUAAUUUAACAGGAAUGUGUAAAUAUGGCGAGCAAGUAGUUUUUGGGUUAUUUAUCUGUGAAUCUAUACCUCUGUGAAUGGGUGGGGGAAUUUAAAAGCAAAAUAAUAAAAAGGAAAAAAAAAAAAAGGAAAAAAGAAAACACACAGAAAAAAAAACAAAAAAAACCACGCUUGACUAGAUAGUAUCCUAUCGGAAUCUCUUCUGUUCUUUAUAGACGAGCUGUUAUGGUAAUGGGUAGAAAUUGGUUUCUUGUCCCGUGAUGACCUGAUUUACAUAAAUAAUAAGAAUAAAAACAAAGAGAUUGUUGUGUUUUGUUGUA